AUGGCCCCCAACGGCUCUGUGGGAUUUCGGGAUUCCCCGCUGGAGCCGGGAAUUUUCCUGGAUGAGGAUUUGGGAUCCGACUGGUACAUUUAUGAAUCCACGGAGUCUGCACCCCACGAUGACCUUUUUCCCGACGCCAUCCCGGAAUGCCACCCCACAAUCUCCCCCCAGCUGUACCACACCGUCAUGGCUCCCAUUUCCCUGGCCGUGCUCCUGGCCUUGUCCUUCCUGGUCAAGCGCCGCCGGCUCCACCUGAGCUGCUGGAAUGGCGUCCCGGGAUUGCUCAGCCCCGGGAAUCUGCUGGAGCAGGACGGGCAUCGCGCCGUGGCCGCGGCGGUGCUGGCGCUGCUCUGCUCCGAGCUCUGCCGGCUGCUGCUGGACCCCGACCCGCUGCCACUGCUGCCACCGACGGCGGGUCACCGUGCAGAGUUCUGGAAGGUUCUGGCCCUGCUCUAUUUCCCGGCGCUGUACCUGCCCCUGCUGGCCUGCGCCGGCCCCCGGCACCGCCUGGGCUACGCCGCGGGGACCCUGCUGGCCUGGGGACACUGCGGGGCGCAGGCCUGGCACCGCGCGCAGUGUCCCCUGGCACCCAAGAUCCACCGGCUGUACUCGCUGCUGUCCCACGUCCCUGCGCUGCUGUCCCUGUCCCUGCUCAGCCUCUGGUACCCGGCACAGCUCCUGCGCAGCCUCCGGAACAGGGACAGCCCUGAGCCAUGGAUUUCCGGGAAAAGCUAUUACAGGAAGUACCUCAAGGCCCUGCUGUCCAAGCGGGACCGGAAAGGGAGCUCCGUCAAGAUUGAUGAGAGCCUCGGCUCCCGGAUCCGCUCCUACCUGCUCUCCUACAUCUACAUUCCCGAGGAAGGAUUCCGGAUCCCGCUGAAGUUGGUGGUAUCCGUCACUGUGGCCGUCAUCGCCGUCUACCAGAUGGCCGUGCUGCUGCUGGUGGCCGUGGUGCCCGCGCUGCGCAUUGUCCGGGCGGGAAUGACCAAGGACGUGGUGGUGCUGCUGGUGCAGUUCGGGCUGGUGCCCUCGCAGGGCGCGGCCGUGCCCGGGGACCUGGAGCAGGAGCUGCGCACGGCACGGCACUUCCUGUGGGCGCUGGAAGUGUGCUACAUCUGCUCACUGGUGCUGUGCUGCCUGCUCACCUGCGCCAUGCUGCUCCGGAGCCUGGGCAUGCACAGGUCCAAUCUGCGGGCGCUGUACCAGGGCGCUGUGCUGGACGUGUUUUCCAAGGCCCACAUCCUGAGGCCUUCCCGAGAAUCCCUCGUCUGCUGGAUGGCCUUCUCCAGCUUCCAGGCGGCCUUCGCCUGCCUGGGUCUCCUGAUCCAGCAGGUGAUUUUCUUCCUCUGCUUCGUGGCCUUCACCUUCCUGGUGGUGAUCCCACUCCAGCUUGGCAUCAGCUCCCCGCUCUUUGGGAUCAUCCGGAACAUGUGGCCCUUCUGGCUGACCCUGGUGGUGGCCGUGCUUGUGCAGCAUCUCCUGGCCCAUUUCCAGUUCUUGGAGCAGCAUUCCCUGCAGAAGGAGAUCACCAACAGGCGCGCGCUGUACAUCGUCACCUUCCUGCUCUUCCCCACCAACAUUAUGGUGGGCUCCAUGGCCGCGGUGUGGCGCGUGGUCAUCUCCGGCCUCUACAACGCCGUCCACUUCUGCCGGCUGGACAUCAGCCUGCUGCAUCGUGGUGUGGAGACCUUCGACCCAGGGUACCGCACCUACUGCCACUACCUGCGGGUGGAGGUCAGCCAGUGCCACCCGCUGCUGAAGGCCUUCUGCUUCCUGCUGCUCCAGUCCGGCCGGCCCGAGCCGCCGGCACCGCCCCGGGACACCCAGCUGGAGGAAGGCCUCCAGCUGAUGCAUCCCAAGCCCCCGGCUCCGGGAAGGGUGCGGAGCCGGCGGAUCCGGGCGCGCUGGUGGGUGGCCUACACGCUCCUGCACAACCCCUCGCUGACCGCUUCCCGAAAAACCGCACUGGCCGAUCCCGCCGCCAACGGCGCCCAGCUCGGCAUUCCCAGGCCCUGA